GUUACCUCGGCAUUCGCUGGCAAACACUAGCUACAAUACACUGCUGGCUGGUCAGUCUGACAGAUUAUUUUCUAAAAAAUAGUGUAUAACCUCUCUUCAUAUUUACUUUCAUUAUUUGGUUAAACAUAAUUAGCUUAACAGCCAAUCUACACUAUAGCUAACUGGAGUAUUUUUUUAAAUUACAGGCCACACGUACUUUUCCUGUCAGUUUGAGCCACAAGCUAGCUAAAUGUGUGACGCUAACGUUAGCGCAACAGCCACCAUGGCUGAAUUUGGGUGUAAUGAGCAUCAUCAGAACGAGGUGAUCAGCUACAUGCGAUUUGCACGUUCAAAGCGGAUUUUGAGACUCAAGACUGUGGACUCCUGCUUCGAGGAACUCAAAGACAGCAGGCUGGUGGAGGAAACCUUCACCGUGGACGAGGUGAGGGAUAUGCUGGAUGGGCUGCACGCGGUGGUACGCGGCGAGAUGGAGAUGGAGCUCAUCAACACUGCACACACCAACGUCCUGCUCCUCAGGCAGAUCCACUACCAGGCCGAAAAAUUUUUCCUCCGGCUGCAAACAGACAUCUCAGAGCUGGAGAACAGGGAGCUGUUAGAGCAAGUAGCGGAAUUUGAGAAGACUGACUUUAAAGCCACUGAUAAGAUGAACCAGGAGAGCAGCAAACCCAAGUUGGCACCGCUGAAUGAAGGUGGCGUGUCUGAGCUUCUAAACAAGGAGAUUGCAAGACUACAGGAGGAAAAUAAUAAACUGAAAGCCAAGCUGCGCACUUUAGAAUCCCAGGCAAUGAGUGUGUUGGACGACAAGACCAAGGCAGAGAGAGCCCUUAAAGACCUCCGGAAUGUGCAAGGUGACCAGCAGCUAAGCGCUCACGCCAAUGAGAUCAGCUGUCUGCAGAACACCGUGGCGACCCUCAAGGACGACUACGAGCGCUCGUUGACCGUCAGCGCCGCCUCUCAGAAUAACCUGCAGGAGAACCUGGUCUCUGCCAAACACGAACUCCUGCGAGUACAAGAGCAGCUGGCCUUAGCGGAAAAGGAGCUGGAUAAGAAGUUCCAGCAAACGGCUGCUUAUCGCAACAUGAAGGAGAUCCUGACAAAGAAGAAUGAGCAAAUUAAGGACAUUCGAAAACAAUUGCAAAGAUACGAGCCCAACGAAUGAGUUCUUGUUUCUGCUGAUGCACCUCGAAUGAAAAUCCAGGUAGAAUGAUGGAACCAGAAUGUACCCCUAGGUUUGGGAAGAGCAACAUUCGACCCCACUGCUGCUGACUGAAGCACAAUAAAGCAGCGCUUUCGUGA